CAGAGAGGUAAAUUCAAAAUAGAAAAUUAGAGAAUUCUGCUUCGGACAUUAAGCUAAUGAGUCAUGACUUCUUCAAUCCAUGAGCUUUCUGAUAACAUUGGAAGUCAUGAGAAGCAAGAACAGAGAGAUUCUCAUUUGCAACCACCAAUUCCUCCUGGAAGAAAUUAUGAAUCAAUUGCUACAAGUUUAGUCUACUCGGAACCGGUUCCUCACCCGGGGAGUACACAUUCCAUGGCACCUGGACAAUAUCCAUAUCCAGAUCCUUACUACAGAAGCAUCUUUGCACCGCUUCCACAACCAUAUACCGGGGUACAUCUACAGUUGAUGGGAAUGCAGCAACAAGGUGUUCCUUUACCAUCUGAUGCAGUCGAGGAACCUGUUUUUGUUAACGCAAAGCAAUACCACGGUAUACUAAGGCGCAGGCAAUCUAGAGCAAGACUUGAGUCUCAGAAUAAAGUCAUCAAGUCACGUAAGCCAUAUUUGCAUGAAUCUCGGCAUUUGCAUGCGAUAAGACGACCAAGAGGAUGUGGCGGUCGGUUUCUAAAUGCCAAGAAGGACGAUGAGCAUCACGAAGACAGUAGUCAUGAAGAAAAUUCCAACCUCAGCUCUGAUAAAUCCGCCAUGGCUGCUUCUAGUGGUACAUCUUGAGAAGGUCAUACAAGUAGCUUUGUUGUAUUUUGGCUCUGUUUGGUCUCAGAUCAUCUAUGUCUUUAGUUUAUGAUAUAUACAAAUCUUUGUAGAAAGGUAUAGAUAGGUUCUUGGGAGCAAUUAGGUAAACGUGAAGUGGGAUUUAGACUUGUGAUUAUUAAAUAAAACCCACUGAG